GGAUUUUUCUCUCCCAAGGUUACUCACAAAAUGGAUUCCCAGCGGGAACUCGCAGAGGAACUGCGGCUUUACCAAUCCACCCUGCUUCAGGAUGGUCUAAAAGAUCUCCUGGAUGAGAAAAAAUUCAUCGAUUGCACCCUCAAAGCAGGUGACAAAAGUCUGCCUUGCCACAGAUUGAUUUUGUCCGCUUGUAGUCCUUACUUCCGUGAGUAUUUUUUGUCUGACAUUGAGGAGGAGAAAAAAAAGGAGGUAGUACUGGAUAACGUGGAUCCUGCUGUGCUUGAUUUGAUUGUCAGAUACCUGUACUCUGCCAGUAUUGAUCUGAAUGAUGGAAAUGUGCAAGAUAUUUUUGCCUUGGCCAGCCGCUUUCAGAUCCCUUCAGUGUUCACUGUCUGCGUUUCUUAUCUUCAGAAAAGGCUUGCUCCUGGCAACUGCCUAGCCAUCCUGAGAUUAGGACUCCUUCUUGACUGCCCGAGACUUGCCAUUUCUGCCCGGGAAUUUGUGUCUGAUCGCUUUGUACAGAUUUGUAAGGAAGAGGACUUUAUGCAGCUCUCUCCCCAGGAACUGAUCUCGGUCAUUUCCAAUGACAGCCUAAAUGUAGAAAAGGAAGAAGCCGUCUUCGAGGCCGUGAUGAAAUGGGUGCGAACAGACAAAGAAAAUAGGGUGAAAAGUCUUAGUGAAGUGUUUGAUUGUAUCCGUUUUCGCCUUAUGUCAGAAAAAUAUUUUAAAGAUCAUGUUGAGAAAGAUGAUAUAAUUAAAAGCAACCCAGACCUCCAGAAAAAAAUCAAAGUUCUCAAAGAUGCGUUUGCAGGCAAACUCCCAGAACCUAGCAAAAAUGCAGAGAAGGCUGGGGCCGGAGAGGUGAAUGGUGAUGUUGGCGAUGAAGACCUACUUCCUGGUUACCUGAAUGACAUUCCCAGACACGGAAUGUUUGUCAAAGACCUCAUCCUUUUGGUUAAUGACACAGCUGCAGUGGCUUAUGAUCCCACAGAAAACGAAUGCUACCUUACUGCACUGGCUGAGCAGAUCCCCAGAAAUCAUUCCAGCAUUGUCACCCAACAGAACCAGGUAUUUGUGGUAGGAGGGCUCUAUGUGGAUGAAGAAAACAAGGAUCAACCUCUGCAGUCGUACUUCUUCCAGCUUGAUAACAUAGCAUCUGAGUGGAUCGGACUGCCACCGCUGCCUUCAGCCAGGUGUCUCUUUGGACUGGGGGAGGUGGAUGACAAAAUCUACGUAGUUGCAGGCAAAGACCUUCAAACAGAGGCUUCACUGGACUCAGUACUGUGCUAUGAUCCUGUGGCUGCAAAAUGGAACGAAGUAAAAAAACUUCCUAUCAAAGUCUACGGCCAUAAUGUGAUUUCACAUAAAGGGAUGAUAUAUUGUCUAGGAGGAAAGACAGAUGACAAAAAGUGUACCAACAGGGUGUUCAUCUACAACCCCAAAAAAGGCGACUGGAAAGACCUGGCUCCGAUGAAAACCCCACGUUCCAUGUUUGGAGUGGCGGUCCACAAAGGCAAGAUCGUGAUCGCAGGGGGUGUCACUGAGGAUGGUCUUUCAGCUUCAGUGGAAGCUUUUGACCUCACAACCAAUAAAUGGGAAGUAAUGACUGAAUUUCCCCAAGAAAGAAGCUCCAUCAGUUUGGUCAGCCUGGCUGGGUCUCUGUAUGCCAUCGGUGGUUUUGCUAUGAUUCAACUGGAAUCUAAAGAGUUUGCACCCACUGAAGUCAAUGACAUAUGGAAGUAUGAAGAUGAUAAAAAAGAAUGGGCUGGGAUGUUGAAGGAAAUACGUUAUGCUUCAGGAGCUAGUUGCCUAGCAACACGUUUAAAUCUCUUCAAACUGUCCAAACUAUAAAAAGGUGACAAAACCCAGUAGAUUGGGAGGUGGUUUCUUUGGUUAACAGAGCUUUAAUUUAUUUUUUUUAAAGCAUGUACAGGGAUUCAUGUGGAAAUUAUUCAAUAUUAUUGUCUAAGCAGGGAGCAGAGAGGAUCAAAACCUCACAGUCACCGAAUCUUCAGUGUAAUGAUCAGAGCUUAAAACCAUUUUCUAAUAAGAAAUUAAAUUUUUAGUUGAACAAAUUAAUUCUUUGUUAAUCUGUCUCACCCAGUAGAUUGUAAAGAAAGUUCCUAAACUGAAUCAUUUACUAAUUCUUUCCUUUGUAUUGGGAUACUUUUAUACUGGUUUUCUAUUACAAAUGAAAUUGGAGAAUUGUGCAUCUACAUUUUAAAAACAUGUUUAGAAUAUCAAAAACAUUUCCUCAUGCUAAAUCCUGUGUGUUGUAUUAAAGAUUACAUGCCAUAAAGAGACUUUGGAAACGCUAUUAAAGGAGUAUAAUAAAUGGGUCUCAUUUGAAGGAAAAAGUCUCUAAGUAAAAGUAGUUAAAUCCAAACA